CACGCAUCUCGUUCGACCUCACACCAAGAUAUGCACCCCAUCUUGGGGCGCAUUGCCAUUGGCUUCGUGCUGUUUCUUAUUCUUUUUCCUGUCUUAACUUGCCAGGUCUACAUCAUAUGGCCAUGGUAUGGGCGUGAGCUGUCCGUAGAGCUCAUAACUCUUCUCUUCCCAUUCAAUGUUCUUGCUAUAUCGCUACUAUGGAACUACUACCUAUGCAUAGUUACUGACCCUGGGGAGGUUCCGGAUGGAUGGAAACCGGACACGCAAUCAAGCGAAGGGUACGAGGUUAAAAGACUGACAGGCUCCCCUCGCUUUUGCCGUACCUGCCAAAAGUUCAAGCCUCCAAGGUCCCAUCAUUGCAAACAAUGCAACAGAUGCGUACUGAGAAUGGACCACCAUUGUCCUUGGACAAACAACUGCAUCGGUUAUUUCAAUUAUGGACACUUUAUUCGUUUUCUAUUUUACGUGGACGUUACUUGCUCGUAUCACCUCGCUAUGGUCUCAUACCGAGUCAUGGUCACAUCUGGGAGAUGGUACCAUGACCAGCCAACGGGUGCCGAACUCAUCUUUAUCAUAUUAAACUACGUUUUCGCCGUCCCCGUGAUCCUCGUAGUUGGAGGUUUUAGUCUUUAUCAUUUCCAUAGUCUGAUGGGCAAUACCACGACUAUUGAAGGCUGGGAGAAAGAUAAAGCUGCAAUGCUACGAAGGCAUGGUAAAAUUGAAGAGGUCAAGUUUCCAUAUAACCUCGGCGUGAGGCGCAAUAUUGCUUCAAUUCUCGGAAACAAUCCACUUUUGUGGUGUUGUCCAACCGCCCCUCCUGGAACUGGGCUUAGAUACCAGCUUUCAGUUGCUGAUGAACAUCAUAACUGGCCUCCUCGAGAUCCGGCUUUGGCUAACCAACCACCCUUCAAGCUCCCUGACAGUCCAUGGACAUACGAGAAUGGGGAUGUUAAUCCCAAUCUACGUCCAUCAAAUAGUCAACUACGUGGUGUCAAUGGUAAUCGGCAUAAAUCCACACAAGAUCCUGUCUCUGUUUUACCACCUUACCAUCUAGAUUACGAGGUUCCUGAAGUUGAUACCCAUUCUGGACGACCGUAUUCCCCUGGCAAUGAUUCAGAUUACUCAGAAGAGGGAUACUCCGGAGCUAUCAGGGUACGUCGGGGCUCGGAGGGGUACGAGGUGCGCCCCGUAAAUCGGGAGCAGAUGUUACAAGAAUACGUGCAGGACCGGAUUAAUGAGGCUGGCCGAUACCAAGUGUAUGAACCUGAGCACACUCUAGAGACUAGUGACGACGAUUUUGAGAAGGAUGAGUUUGGGGAGCAUAUCGAUGAACCAUCUGGGGAGGUCGGGACUGUUAGGACAAUGUCGGAUGAUGACGUUCCUCUUGCAUUACGAUGAUCAGUGUUAAACUUUUAUCAAUCACUAGAGA